AUGAAGCCCAUGGUGAGUGACAGCGGUGGAGGGGGCGUGGCCAGGCGGAAGAGCUCUUCGGAGGAGGCGGGGACAGGGCUGGAUGGGGGCGGCGGGGAGUGGGAGGACCUUCAGGAGUUCCAAGUGUACUACCUGUUGGUGGGGGUGCUGGUGGACUGGGUGCUGACGGAGCAGAGUGGCUUCGUCCUCUGCCUCAGUGAGGACGUUGUCCUCUUCCUCUGCGUCUACCUGCCUACCUCCACCCUCUUCCUCUUCGAUGCAAAAAUCCCCCCAAAAAGCCCACAAAAGGCUCGAGGGACUGGCGAAAGGAUCAGCCCCAAAUUCCACCGGGCACGGUCGUGCCGUGUUCUAGCUCUGCUGUGGUCACUGGAGCCAAUCGCGCCCGUUCUAGACGACGCUGGUGAUUCCAGCAGGGGCGCCACGUGGCGUCUCAGAGGCGUCUGCCCGCUGCAACACAGAAUACGCUGCUGGUCUUUCACGUCUAGCAGCACACUGACAGGAACUCCUCUGUCGCCAAACCCGACCAAUCAGCACGCAGAGGAGAGGCCCCGCCUGCUGAAGGUGUGGACAGCAAUCGGAGGCAUUGAGCUUCCGGAACCCCGCGCCCCUCCCGGUUCCCAUUGGGCUGAACAGGCAGGUUCAGGGUCUUCCGCGGAAGGGCAGUGCCCUCGCUGUUUGGACAAGCCGACAGAAGACGAAGAAAUCUGUGGCUUCCACGAUGUGCAAGGCCUCCGCAGAAGACCUUCUGUUUCCUGCCAGGACGACGUCUCGCCUCAAAAGCAGGAGAGAACAGUGCUUCCAAAUAGAAGGAAGCUGGGUGGAUUCCUCCCAACAAAAAAAAGCUUUUUGGAGCGUCUCAGCUUGGAGAGCGACCUGUGCAGAGUUUCUGGGGAGAAACGGGAGCAGAGGCGCCUGGAGCUACUGCGACACCGCGAGCGGCAGGCAGCCGAACUGCGAGGCCGGCUGGAGGACGCGAAAGCGGAGGCGGAGGCCGGAAGGAAGAGUCUGGCUCAGAAAGAUGCACAGCUGGCCGAGUUGCAGGAGAACAUCAGGAUGCUGAUGGAGAAGAACAACGCCAAGCAGGAGGUGAUCAUAAAGCUAUCUGAUCAGGUGACCGCCUGUAUGUCCGACCCAUGUCGAUCCGUCUCGGUGUCUGGCGGCGGUUUGGACUCUCACACCUUCAGACAGCUUCAGCAGGAGAUCGAGAACCUGAAGGACGACAUCGAGGCAUAUAAGACCCAGAACAAGUUCCUGAACUCUGAACUCUACCAGCUGACCAAACUGUGGAGGAACAGCUCUGAGCAGGAGAAGAGUUUGAUGGUGAAGUGUGCCUACCUGGAGGCCAGUAACUGUCGGGCGGAGAGCCGUUACCUGGGCGUCCUGCGGCAGCUGCAGGAGAUCAAAUCUCUGGAUCCAGUCCAGCGGGAGGUCGUCCAGAAGAUGAUCGGAGACGCUCUGAAAGGAGAGCUGAAGAGCGUCCUCAAGCUCAACGUGGCCAGGGAUCACGAUGAGUACGGCUUUAAAAUCAUCCCGGACUACGAGGUGGAGGACAUGAAGCUCCUGGCAAAGAUUCAGGCGCUGGAGAUCCGAUCCCACAACCUGCUGCACCAGGAGGGUGUAGAGCGCCCCCUGUUGAGUCGCUGGGCUCAGUACCUCGCCGGCAGGUCGCAUGAUGACCUCUGCCCCUCACUGGAGCUCAAAGGUCUGCUGCGUAGUGGCAUCCCUCGGGAGUACCGACAGCGGGUGUGGAGCUGGGUGGUCCAAACCAGAACCAGGACAAUCAGAGAGCAUCACCCACAGCGCUACCAGCAGCUGUGUGAGAAGAGUCGGACAUCUCCUCAUCCAGCCUCCAGACAGAUCCAGCUGGACCUCCACCGUACCCUGACAACCAAUCAGAACUUCUCCUCACCCUCUAGCCCCGCCCUCCAGCAGCUCCGCCGCAUCCUAUUGGCCUUCUCCUGGCAGAACCCUGCCAUUGGCUACUGCCAGGGACUCAACAGGAUGGCGGCCAUCGCUCUACUGGUCCUUCAGAGUGAAGAAGAUGCCUUCUGGUGUCUGGUGGCUGUGGUGGAAACCAUCAUGCCUCAGGACUACUACACCAAGAACCUGAUAGCCUCUCAGGCGGACCAGCGGGUGCUGAAGGAUUUCCUGGCAGAGAAGCUUCCCCGGCUGGCGGCUCACUUCGAGGAUCACAGCAUCGACGUGUCUCUGAUCACAUUCAACUGGUUCCUGGUGGUUUUUGUGGAGAGUCUGCCCAGUGACAUCCUGCUGCCGCUGUGGGACGCCUUCCUGUACGAGGGCACCAAGGUACCAGUGAGGGUCAUCAAAGAGCUCUCUAAAGCUCAUUUCAUACAGCAAAUACUCCCAGUACAAUGAACCAGCAUCAUUUAUAGCAUCAUUAGCGUUAAUAAUC